CACGCUCAGUCAGAAACUGACGUGCCUGUCCCAACGGUCGUGUGUGCGCGGAUCGCCCCCCGUCGCUGCUUCCCGCGUUUUGUGGCUGAAGAAAAAGUCCAACUAUCUGCGGAUGACCAUCAUUUAAUCCGCCAAAAAGGAGACCCCCCAACAAGGCCUUUUAAAUGGCUAAAUAAUUGAUGGAAUUAUUAUUAUGCCCCGCCCACGUUACAGGAGCAAAUCGAGUGGAGAACACUGCUCAUCAUAGCAUCGCUCCAGGAUUCUAGAGCGCCUCCCGAGAAAAUCCUUAGUCCUUAAAGGAGGAUUCGGUAUCCAAAAAUCUCGUGCGCGUCCCAUGGCAGAGCUGGCUAGCGUGGAAAGCUAGGGAAGCUAGGCAACCGGAAACGGAAACGGCACCGAAACGGGAACCGGAAGUGGAGCAACGAUUAACCGAAACGAUCGAAGGCAUUAGCCAGGCAUGGACACCGCUGCCGCCGCCGCCGCUGCAGUCGCCGUUGACCUGAAACCCGAUCAGCAGCUCCUCGGCAGCUCCAGCUCCAGCUCCACAAAGUCAAGGAUCGGCGGAGGAGGAACCACUGGAUGCGACUGUCUGGGCAGCACUGUGGAGACCAUGUCGCUGACGCCACCACCCACGCCGCCUUCGCGAGCCUCUGACAACCACGUCGAACCAGGUGCUCCAAGUGCUCCACCAAAUGGCCAGAUCGAGACCCAUCCCUUGAACGGCCUGAAGGCCAAGGAGCCGGCCGAAACAACAGCAACAGCAUCUACUGAACCCACUCAGUCGGAUUUGCCCGCCACAUCAGCAACGUCUUCCGCCAAAGCUUCCAUAAAGCCAACGUCUGCCUUGCUGGGAUCGGUAUCGGGAUCUGGAUCGGUAUCUGCUUUAGUGCUCCCAGCAACGGAUCAUCCACCAGCGGCAGCUUCUCCAGUGCCCAGCAGCAGCAGCAGCAGUUCCGCAUCCGGUUCUGAAGAGAAUGUGGUCCAGCUGCUGCCCUGGCAGGAUAUGCCCACGUAUCUGCAGUUCAAUCCCUACGUGCUCCGCGGAUAUAGACCCCUGCAGACCUUCAAGGGCUGCCUGCUCAGUCUGUUCUACUGGCACAACGAGACCAUCAACAUACUGACUCAUGCCAUACCCAUCUUCUACAUCCUGGCCAUUGUGCCCGGCCUGAUGCCCUGGGACAGUGGCUACAAGUUUCUGUCCUUCUGCCACGUCUUUGGAUCGGUGGCUCCCUGGUGCGGCAGCUUCGUCUACCACCUGUUCAUGAACAUCGAGAAGGGCGAGAACGUCUACUACACGCUGCUCAAGUUGGACAUGGUCGGCAUCUGGGUGAGCCAGAGCUUCGGUGCUCUUCCCCUGGUGACAGCCACCACUCUGUGCUUCCCACCCGUGCUCAAGUGGCUGAUCAUUGUCUCCUACUGUGUACUCUCGCUGUGGGGCCUCUAUAAGGCUCUGACUGCCAGCUCACCCUGGCAGCGUCGCUUGUGCUUCGCCCUGCCCUUCGGAAUGCGCUCCAUCCUGACCUUCCUGCGCAUCCGUGGAAUGGUGGGCGGCAGCCACAUGGCCCUUUCCCAUGUCUACCUGCAGGUUGAAGUUGACGGCGUCUCCAUACUGGGCGGUGCCAUCGGAGCGAUGCGAAUCCCAGAGAAGUGGUUCCCCGGAGUGGUGGACUUCUAUCUGAACUCCCACAACAUAAUGCACGUACUGGUCGUGGUGGCGGUCUACUCCAUGCACAAGGCCACCAUCAAGGACUUCGAGUGGAUGUCGACGCAGACCUGUCACACGGCCGCCAAUGUCACCGAGCAGGCUCUGGGGCACGUGGAGCUAUGACCCGCUUAUUGGCUGCUGCCGCUGGUGCUGCUGCCCUUGCCUUGGAUAAUCCUGGCCAGACGGCGUGCCCGGACGCACCUGAUCCGCGCCCUAAUCGCUCCCAUGGCCUGGCGGCGGAGGCGAGCCCAAAUCCCCGGAUGAGACUAGAUAUGAGGCGAUGGCGAUAACGGUGGCUAUGGCUAUGACGAACUCUACUUGAAUAUACCGUGUAUAAGAGAGCGCCAAUGCUGUUGCAGUAACAAUAUACAUAUGUAUAUCUAGUUGUAGGAAUAGGCCAUACAUAUAUGAACUGUAUGGGUGUAUUUACAUAUAGUACAUACUUCGACUGUGGUAUUAAGCAUUAAGGUUAUAUUAUUACUGAGACGAGACGAACGACAGGAUGGCAGUAUGUUUCGGAACCAAGUCUUCGGAUUUUCACGCUAAACUCUUGAGUAUACAGUUGCGAUAUGGCUGGGGAAUGGCUAAUAAUUAAUGAUUAAUGAGUAAUUGUAAUGAUGAUUUGAAUGAUGUUGAUACACAUGUACCUCAUUGUGCUUACGACAACACAUCUUAUUUUCAAAUACUCGUAUGUAUAACUUUGUACCUCGUCGAAAACUCUACAAUAAGAACACCUAUAAGCUAAUCUCUUCCUAGUUGAACAUUUUAGAUAUGCAAAUUGUUAAUUUUGGCAAGCUAGUGGUAGUGUAAGCCUAGUAAAAGCUCCAAUCUGUGCAUAGUUGUGAACGAAACACGAAACUCAAUUGAUGCUGUCGUGUGGCAGUAGUUAGAAAACCCAGUAUUCAAGUUGGACAAGUGUGAAAACCAAUACAAUCUUCUUGCUACGUCGCUACUGCAACGAAUCACAUACAUACAUACGUAGUAGAGUUCGAUAUGAAUUGGGUUUAUAUCAUUUAUGUCAAUUGAUUGCGCAAUAUUAACCUCAAGUAUUUAUUGAGCUCCCCGAGUAUUGAAUAUUAUUAGAAACACCGCAAUAUUUAUGUAUUACGAGAUUACGAGUACGAGUACCCUAGGUGUUAAGCAGGGUAUACAAAUACAACCAAAAACCAACUUAACUAUACGAUAGAAAUCUUUCGAACGUCGGUCUAUUUUAAUCCUAGCAAUGCGAACAAUUAUGAGUAAUGCGUUUUAGUAGUGUCAAUAAUUUACACCACCCCUCCCCUCAAACGAAAGAGAGAGAGCGAGAGCAAAUCUAACAAGUGAAACGUAAGCUAACAAACGAAUUCAAACAAACAAACAAAGCAAUAAUUAUAGGCAGACUCAAUGCUUUAAGUUUAAAGUUGCUGCUAGAAAUAAGUGACAAUUAUACGAGUAAUGUAAAAUGAUUUUCUGAGAAGGUUAAUAAACAUUAAAAGUGUAUUUAAUGAGCAA